AUGGGUGUGGAAAAGCAUGGCGCCGUUUAUAGGGCACGGAUUAAAGUUGCUGGUGGGCGACAGUUGGGUCCAUCGCGACAGCUGUUGGCAGCGGCCGAAGCAGAUCAGCGAAAGCUGGAAGCUGCGCGCGCUGCAGGCGCUGACAUGGGAGCAGUCAUCAAGCAGUUGUUUGCGUCCAUGGAAGUUGAUGCCAGAGCAGCCCGAGUAGAAGAGUGCAUCGAAAAGUGCAAAGACAGUUUUCGUGCGCGUGUGAAGAAGCAAGGGCAUACGUACUUUGGACCCCGUCGAACAAUGAGAUCUGAAGCAUUGGAGGAUGCCAAGACUUUGUUGGCAGCUGGUGACAUUACCAUUCCAGCAUUGCAAGCUGCGGAAACAAGAUUGAAGGAGGAGAGUGGAUUGCCAGAAAUGUCUUUGGAGAAGGCAGUGCUUGAAGCCAUGUCGUACUGGCUGAGACAGGGUUCCACCUCGGAAAUGGCAGGGGUUUCCAGGGCAUUGAAGACGCGAAUGCGUCGUGUGACAAAGGGUUCAGAACAAGAUGCGCUGUUCGAUGCGGCAAAGCUGCUAGUGAAGGACCAUCUGGAGAUGGAGCAUUUUGCUCAGCAAGCUUCUGCGGAAUGGUUGUGGGAGAAAGGUGUGCAUCUGAGGCUGGACUACGGCAGUCGCCCUCGUGACACUUUUGGUUUGGAAGAUCGGUUUUGCCAGACUGGCCUGCGAAAUCUGGGCAAUUCGUGCUAUUUGAACGCUGUGGUUCAGUGCAUGGUCGCAUGUCAGCCUCUGCGCAGGGAUUUGUCCCAAAAAUUUCGGAAAGGGCAGUUGCGGACAUGCAUGGAAGAACUGACGCAGGUCUGGCACUUGCGUCCCAAUCGAGAUGCCGCAGCAACGAAACUGGAAAAUGUUUUCGUAUUUGCGCGCCAAUUCUUGGAUGGCAGUUUGGAACGCAUCUUUACUGUUCCCGGAUCUCGGGACGACGGGGAGAAGGAUUCCGAAGACUGGAAAGUGGACGUGGAUAUGCUUUUUGCUCUCAAAUGUCCUGCGCACAAGCUGAUGUUACCUCAUAUUGCUGAAAGCUUGAGACAGCUUGGACGAUUGGGUGGCGGCCUGAUGGAUGACGGCGAAGUGGAGAGCCAGAAUGGACCCUACAGCAAAUGCUUUGGCAAGUGGGCGGGAUUGUCUCCGGAUGAAGUUCGUGAAGAUAUACUGCAGGAAUUGCAGCCGCUCUCUCAUCACAGAGGCGUGAAGGAUUUGAUGUCCAAGCUGUCCAACGGUAGCAGCGGCGAAGCUCUGGUGCUGAUCAAUGCUUGCAAAUGCAUUCAUGUUGUGAAGAACUGGUGCUUCGUGGUCAGAAGCAACUCGUCAUCGACGUUUUGA